AUGAAGGAGCCCAACGAAAAGUGGCUGGAUCGCCAUUUCAAGCAACAGCUUGUGGAAUAUGGCAAGGUCUUCAAGGAGACGGCCUGCGCCUCGGAUCAGCACAUCAUAGCCUAUUGGCUGAAGAUCUUUGGGACGGCGUCCAAGCAACAGAAAUGGGCCAGAAAUGGUCUGAUGCUGCUCAUGUACGGCCAUUUGAAGGAGAUCGGGCAUCUGCAGGUGCCAUUCACCGAUAUGCGCAACCUGGCCAAGGAUCUAAACGAGGUGCUGGACAGCUAUACGGGUCUGCCCGUUAAGGUCCAAGACAAGUCCACGCAAAUCCAGUCUCCGCUGUGUAAGAAGCACGACAGUGAGGAGAUAUCCCAUAAUGAAGGGAUCAAGGGUUGCCCCUUGUUGAAGAAAGGUUUGGCAACGACUGGACGCCAGCCAAGCCUCAGGCCUGUUCAAAAGUUGUCUAGCACACGUUACAGGAGCACAACAUCUAAAUGCAAGGACAACUUUUGUGAAAUUUCUCUGCCAGCCGAAACACUGCAGAUCCUUUAUGAUACAUUCGAUUCUCACGAGUGCUACAAAGGCGAGAUAAUUGGUCCGACAACUCCCUAUCGUAAGCUGACUAAGGUCGAGAGUAAAAUAAUGCAGGAACUGAACGCGGACCUGAAGUCCUUGUCAGAAUCAAGGAUGAGUGCUACAGUUUCGGAGAUGGAUGAGCCCUGCUGUAAGUCACGCUCCAAUAAAAAGGAGCACAAAGAAUUGAAGGAUGCUUCGCUUACAGAAGAAUAUCCCAGCUAUUGUGUUUCCUAUGCGAGUGAAUUUCUGGAGGAAUACACGAGCUUCAUUUCCGAGCAGGAAGAUAAUAAUGAUAAGCAGACUGUGCUGGGCACUUCUCUGCGCUCGGCUAGUGUUGCGGACAAAGGUUGCCAGGAAUCGCCCAGGGAGUUGGCGAGGCGUGAGGCCCUGGAUGCCGAGCUGAUGUACUUGCAGCGCCGCAAUCGACAGCUGCGACGCGAAUGUCUCAUAUAUUACAAGAAAAAUGGGGAUUUGCGAAGGCAUCCCAAAUAUCCCAAGAUGAGGCUGAAGAGCUUGGGGUUUCUAGUGGGCGCCUAUCGGGCCCAUUGUCAUUUCACACGCUGGCCGAAAAGUCGGAGCUACUUUCAGCAGGAGUUCGAUCGCGUGAAUGGCUGGCGGACAUAUAGACGCAUCCUGCUGGAUAGCUCUAGGCCGAGCAGGCGCUCAGAGAAACUGCAGCUCAAGAGGACCUCUGUGCGGAGAUAA